AUGGCCAAAAAACCUAAAAACAAACAAGUUGUGGGGAAGGGCCUCAAAGGUGCCCUUCAACAUCAUUUUCUCAAUGAGCAAUUGAAGUACAAGCGGCUGCAAGCUGCGAAAGAGGCUGGUAACAAGAUAGCUGAAAAGGAGAAGUCAAUUAAGAGCGGUAAAAGCAAAGGCGCAAAGAAACAACACCACAGUGUCAAGUCGCUUAUUCCGUUUGCCAGCCAUGAGACUUUGCUCUUGGUUGGUGAGGGCGAUUUCUCAUUUGCACUUUCUAUAGUCAAAAAUCUGCUAAUAGAUCCCCAGAACUUGAUAGCUACUAGCUUUGACUCUGAAGAAGAAGUUAUCGCCAAGUAUCCCAACGCGAGAGACAAUAUAGACUUUUUAAGAGGGUCUGGCGUCAAUGUCUUUCAUCUGAUUGACGCCACGGACAUCCCUUUAACGAUGAAAAUUGUCAAUAAUAACCGCAGAAGGACGGGUAUCAAGCUCUUCAAACCCUACAAGAAACUCAAUCACGUUAUGUUUAACUUCCCUCAUACGGGAAGAGGGAUGAAGGAUGUCGAUAGGAACAUCAGAGAUCAUCAAAAGUUGGUUCUUAACUACUUCAAGAGCGCCCAUGAACUACUAUCGGUGGUGAAUGAAGCUGCAACAAACGACCUUGGUGGAUACGGGAAAACUCAGAACGAAACGAAAUCCGAUGUCAUCAUCUCGCUAUUUGAAGGUGAGCCGUAUAUUUCAUGGGGAGUCAAAGCUCUUGCGAAGAGUGCAAGUUUGACGGUGAAUCGCUCAGGUAAGCUUGAGUGGGAGGCAUUUCCAGGUUAUCAUCAUAAGCGUACCAACGGCAUACGAGAUACAACCAAACCAGCAGCUGAACGUGACGCCCGAAUCUAUGUAUUUGAUAUGCGAACCUCUUUAUCCUUCGACAAGAGAGAAAAGGUCAAAUCCAAAGCCAAAAAUGAGAGCGAUAGUGAGGAUGAUUAA